GUCAUGUGACUCCAGCAGCCGCUUCGUCACGUGGUUUCAUCGGAUCAUGUGACCGAUUCUGCACCUGACCCAGAGUCGGGCUGGGGGCGGACGGGACGGGACGGGAUGGAGGCGCGGUUCCUGCUGGCGGUCGCUGUGAGUCUCGCGGGCUGGUGGCGCUCCUUAGCGCUGGGCUGGGCCCCAGAGCAGGACCAGAGUCUCCGGGUCCCUGCUGAAUGGAGGCACCUGGGCCCGGUCGCUCCCUUGGAUGAGCUUGUGUUGACCUUUGCCCUCAGGCAGCAGAACGUGGAGCAUCUGGUGAAGCUGGUGGGAAGAGUCUCAGACCCUGAUUCACCUCAGUAUGGAAAGUACCUGUCACUGGAGGAGCUGCGCACACUCGUCCAGCCAUCUCUCCUCACGCUCAGCACUGUGCACAAGUGGUUGGGGGCCUACGGCAUCAAGGGCUGCAAGACCAUUAGCACCUUGGACUUCCUAGAGUGCGUGAUGCCAGCCAGCACGGCGGAGCGCCUCCUGCCAGGAGCCCAGUUCCAUCGCUACGAGAGCGGCCAGCGCAGCGCUGUGCGCUCCCCUGUCCCCUACACCCUCCAUGAGGAUCUGGCUGAACACAUUGACUUUGUGGGUGGCCUGCACCGGUUCCCUGCGGAAAGGAAGGUGGUGACCAGAGCCUCGGGGAAGGAGGAGGCGACGGCACGGUACCAGCAGAGGGCAGCUUUCCAUCUGGGUGUGACGCCCUCUGUCAUCCGCAAGAGAUACAACCUGACGGACGGGGACAUCGGGGCAUUGCCCAAUAACAGCCAGGCCUGUGCCCAGUUCCUGGAGCAGUAUUUCCACCCGGCUGACCUGGCAGAGUUCAUGAAGCUCUUCGCAAGCAGCUUUGGGCACCGCUCCCGGGUCGACCAGGUGGUCGGGCACCAAGAGCUGGGCAAGGCGGGGCUCGAGGCCAGCCUGGAUGUGGAGUACAUCAUGAGCACAGGUGCCAACAUCUCCACCUGGGUCUUCAGUAAUGCAGGGAGGCAUGAGAGCCAGGAGCCCUUCCUGGCCUGGCUGCUGCUGCUCAGUAACAUGUCCUCGGUGCCCUGGGUGCACUCGGUGAGCUACGGGGAUGAUGAGGACAGCCUGUCCCGGGCCUACAUGGAGCGCGUCAACGUGGAGUUCAUGAAGGCUGCUGCGCGGGGCUUGACUGUGCUCUUCGCCUCAGGUGAUGCUGGAGCUGGCUGCAGAAAGCUUGCUGGAGGGAGCCACACUUUCCGGCCCAGCUUCCCAGCCUCCAGCCCCUAUGUGACCACAGUGGGUGGCACAGCCUUUAAGAACCCCUUCCGAGUGACCUGGGAGGUGACGGAUUAUAUCAGUGGUGGGGGCUUCAGCAAUGUCUUCCCUAUGCCCGACUACCAGGCUGCGGCUGUCAGGAAUUUCUUGCACUCAGCCCCAAAGCUGCCACCCCUCUCCUACUACAACAGCAGCGGCCGUGCCUACCCCGACCUGGCUGCCCUCUCCGACAACUACUGGGUGGUGACCAACCGCAUCCCCCUGCCCUGGGUGUCUGGGACAUCGGCCUCCACCCCCGUGGUAGGGGGCAUUAUGGCCCUGAUCAACGACCGCCGUUUGCAGAAAGGUCUGCCGCCUCUGGGCUUCCUGAACCCGGCGCUCUACAAACUGCAGGAGAAGGGACCUACUGAUGCCCUCUAUGACGUCACCCAGGGCUGCCACCUGUCGUGUCUGGAUGCAGCAGUGGAAGGGCAGGGGUUCUGUGCUGGCCCCUCCUGGGACCCCGUCUCAGGCUGGGGCACCCCCAACUUCCCACAGCUCCUGAAAGCUCUGCUCAACCCGUGAUGCCGGCAGCAGGAGGAAAGGGCUGGGGCUAGAGAGGAGUACGCAGCAGGCUAAACCACAGGACCACCUCCGUUCUCGCCCCUCCCUACUACCACCUCUAACCUGAGAUGGGGCCCCUUCCUCCGAGCUGUAGGACCAAGGGGCCGGUCACUGCUGCUCCUGCUGGGCAGGGCCCAAAGGCCCCUUUACCUUACUGAGCAGGCAGCGAUUCAGGGCCUCCUGGAAAGAAACGGCUCAAGCUUCCCCCUACCUCGCGCUCAGGCCUGCUAGUGCCUCCCUCCAGUUCUCUCAGGCGCUGCUACUCUGCAGGCCAGUGCGGCAGCUGAGCUGUGCAUUCCCCUGCCUGGCCCCAGGCCCCCAGGAGGGGUGACAGGGUGGGAGCUGCUUUGGGGGAGUCCUAUGCAGGGAGGGGAGAUGCUCUCACAUGAACUUUCCUCGGGGAGAAGGCUCACCCUGGCCCCCACUGGCAAUAAAGGUGUUGGCUCCAGA